GAUAAUCAACCUCAGGUGGAUUAUUUCCUCAUCAUCAAUCUUGUAAUUAUUUUGGCUAUUUUUGCAAAGAGGGUAAAAAUGGAAGAUCAUGGAGAAACAAAAUUGACAGGAAUUAGACAAAUUGUGAGACUCAAACAAUUGUUACACAAAUGGCAAAAUGUCACAUUUACCCCUAAUACUACUAAGGGAAAACCCCACAGCCUGAAAAUUGGUUGUACAAAAUCGUCCAUUAAUAAUCGAAAAAAUGAGACACAUAGAGGAGGGAUAUCCCCUUCUAUAAGCAAGAGGCUAAGAAGCUCCAAUAUGUAUUGGGAUUCAGAUGAGGACAGUUGUCAAAGCCCUGAAUCGCCACAUGGCGUCCCGAAAGGAUAUUUAGCUGUUUAUGUGGGUCCAGAACUUAGAAGAUUUAUAAUUCCAACAAGUUACUUAAGUGACUCUUUGUUCAAAAAAUUACUUGAAAAAGUUGAAGAAGAAUUUGGAUUUGAUCAUAGUGGUGGCCUUACAAUUCCUUGUGAAAUUGAAACUUUCAAGUUUUUGUUGCAAUGUAUGGAGAAUCAUCAAAGAUGUCUCCCUGUUGAUAGUCACCACAAUGGUUCUGGUAAUUUUUCCUUUCAUUUCCAUGCGUUAUGUUGCUUGAAUUCUUCAAAAUACUGUUGA